AUGAUUUUCCGACUGUUUGGAGUUCCGGAGAUCAUUCUCACGGAUAACGGAAGUCAGUUCGUGUCCAGGGUGUUUAAAGAUCUGCUGAAGGCGUACGGCGUCAACCACUGGUUGACCCCUGCCUAUCAUCCGCAAGUCAACAACACCGAGCGGGUGAACAGGGUGAUAACGACGGCGAUCCGAGCAACCUUGAAAAAGGAUCAUAAGCACUGGGCAGAGGGGAUCCAGGGCAUCGCGAACGCGAUCCGUACAGCAGUGCAUGAGUCCACCAAAUACAGCCCGUACUUUGUUGUGUUCGGAAGGAACCAGGUGUCAGAUGGAGGAGAGUAUGCUCGAAUAAGGGACAAUUAUAAACCGGACGAGGCGAAUGAGACCGGAGAAGCCAAGGAGAGGAAAAAGCUGUUCGAAGAGGUGAAGGCGAACCUGUUGGCCGCCUAUAAGAAACACGAGAGGACCUACAAUCUGCGAUCCAAUGUUAGCUGUCCGCGAUAUGUUGCUGGGGUAAGGGUGCUGAAGAAGACCUUUGAUCUCUCAGACAAAGGGAAAGGGUUUUGCAAGAAACUCGCCCCGAAGUUUGAGCCCUGUGUCGUAAGGAAGGUUCUUGGCUCCCAUUCUUAUGAGCUGGAGGACAACUCAGGCAAGCGGAUUGGAGUUUUCUUUGCGGAUCAGCUGAAAAAGCUGAACGCCUCUUCGGCUCAUCUAAGCAAUUAA